AACAGUGAAUCAAUUACUGAGAAAAACCAGAAGCGGUCUGUGUAGAUAGGUCUCAAUUAGACACCAGCCACUGGAAGAGCUUUCUCAGAGACUGGUUGAAAAUUCUCCAGUAGAUAUGGCUGCAAAUUGCACAUCCUCAUGGCAUCAGGGAGAACACUGCAACAGUCCUGGGUCAGACCAGCCACGGUCCAUGGUGACCCCAGGAACUCAACUUGGACAUCAAGACUGUGAUCCUGAGACUUGGCACAUGAACUUCAGGAUGUUCAGCUGCCCGGAGCAGUCGGACCCCAUCCAGGCUCUGAGGAAACUCACUGAGCUGUGCCAUCUGUGGCUGAGGCCCGACCUCCACACCAAAGAGCAGAUCCUGGACAUGCUGGUGAUGGAGCAGUUCCUGAUCUCCAUGCCCCAGGAGCUCCAGGUCUUAGUCAUGAUGAACGGUGUGCGGAGCUGCAAAGAGCUGGAGGACCUGCUACGGAACAACAGAAGACCCAAGAAAUGGUCUGUGGUCACCUUCCACGGAAAACAAUAUAUGGUGCAGGACUCAGAUGCUGAGAUGGCUGAAUCCCCUGCCAGCGUCAGGGAUGAUCUGAGAGACAUGUCCAGCCAGCGGGCCUCCUCUGUGAACGACAUGCAUCCGGGGGAAGGCCAGGCCAGCCAACAGCUGCAGACCCUGCCCAGGGUCCCUGCACUGUCCAGGGGGCAGACUACUGACAUAAAAGAUGACCAAAAGACUCUGAGACCCAAGCAGAACGUGGAGAAGGAUCUCAAGGAAAACAGGAAAGAGAACCCAGGACUUACAUCCCCAGAGCCGCAGCUUCCACAGGGUCCCACAGAUCUGGUGAGAGCAAAGGAUGGGAAGGAACCCCGAAAAAGAGCCUCUGUGGAAAAUGUGGAUGCUGACACAGCUUCUGCCUGUGCGGUGGAGACAGAAGCUUUGGCUCACAGCGAGGACAGAGGAGACUCUCUGAAUCCAAGAGGUCCCAGAAGAAGGAAACCAGAUGCCACCUCCAUUUCCCAAGAAGAGCCUCAAGGAGGAGCCACACCUGUGGGCAACAGAGAAUCCUUGGGACCAGCUGGGAUAAAUCCAGUUAAUUCCCCAGGCCUUGAGAGCGCAGUCAGUCACCCUGUUGGCCAAGAAGCCGUGGCACUGCUGCCCUUUGCAUGUGACGUGUGCAGUAAGAGGUUUAAGUAUUACGGCAAGCUAGUCAUCCACAAGAGAUCACACACAGGAGAGAGACGCUUUCAGUGUCAUCUCUGUGGGAAGCGCUUCAUGCAGCGCAUAGGCCUCCAGCUUCACCAGCGCACCCACACUGGCGAGAAGCCCUACACGUGUGACAUCUGCCAGAAGCGGUUCACCCAGAAGUCCUACUUGAAGUGUCACAAGAGAAGCCACACAGGGGAGAAGCCCUACGAAUGUAAAGUCUGCAGGAAGGUUUUCACCUACACGGGGAGCCUGAAGGAGCACCUGCGUGUCCACUCUGGAGAGAAACCCUAUACAUGCUCCAAGUGUCUGAGAGCCUUCGGUCGGCCUGCAACCUUAAGACGUCACCAGAAAACACAUCGCGAAGCCACUGCGCAGUGAUCCCAUCAUCGAGUCUGUGUCUUCUGCACCAAGAAAAUGUGAAUGAUGAUUUUUCACCGAUGUUAUCAGAUGACAUUUUACACAUGAAAGGAGCCUGGCCACACACAGGGAGUGCCUCGAAUAUGAAUUCCCUGGAUGUUUCUUUAAAUCCUUUUCCUCCCCAAUGAGUUUUGUGUUUUGUUUCAUUAUGUCUAUUGUUAUCUUAUGGGUUUAUUUUGGCUGUUGUGUUGCUGUUCUUUCAAUAAACAAACAUCUUGUUAGUUUUCAAUAUUG